UUUUUUUUUUUUUUAAAAAUUUUUUUCGUCUCAACAACUUGUUUCAGUUGUAGAACAACUUUGGUAGUUGUUCGACAACUUUACAAAAUUAUUUAACAACUUUCAAAGUUGUUCAAUAAUUGCGCAAGUUGUUCAGACAACUAAUACAGUUAUCUAAUAACUAUCUCAAUUAUUAAAAGAAAUUAAUUUUUUUUUUUAACAAAUUUGUGGAAUCUACUUAUUUCCGCUUUUUAAUUGGAAACUUGAGGGGCCUUUUGACUCAUUUUUCUCCUGCUUAUCCCCAUUUAUAAGUAGAAAUAGAAUUCAUUCAGUAACAUUCUUAACUACUGAGGGUUUAGGUUUAGGGAGUUGUGGUAUCAGUUGGUAAUGGGAUACGUGGAACAAGCCAGAGAAAAUCACGUCAAAAAGAAGGUUGAAGAAGCUUUGCGCAGUAAAAUGAAGCAGAAAGCACUCAAAGAAUGUGAUCGAUAUACUACAAAAUACGCCGAGUGUGCCACAGGAAGAACUAUAUCUGUUGUUUGGCAGUGUCGCAAACAAGCUAAGGAAUUAAAUGAGUGUCUUCAUCAGUACACGAAUGACUCUGUUUUGGAAGAAUUGAAGAAAGCAUACAUGCGCCAACAGAAUGAACAGGGAUCACUUAGAGUAUGACUUUCAUGAUACUUCAAGUUAAGUUGUCUCCCCAUCUUCUGCAGUUCAGAGGGCUUUUACUUUCUUAUCAGGCUUUGGCUGUGAAUAACAGCCUGUGAUACUUGAACGAGCAGUAUGUAUUUUGGUACACUUAGUUCCUGAUGGAACUCACAGUUUAAUAAAUUUGUGGUUUGGUAA